UGUUGAGUGUCAUCUUUGGUAGAGGGGGUUUUACUUCUUCCUUCCUUCCUUCUGAAAGAAGGGGGAAUUGGUUGUCAGUCAAUUGCUUUAGGCUGCUUCUUUCUAUAGCGUCCUGAUGAGCUGCUGAGAUGGCUUCUUCCAGAUCCCCCUCUUGUUCAGAUGGGAGUAGGAGGUGCCUCAGCUUCUUGGGGCAGAAAGCCCCUAGGCUUUCUGGCCUCAGGCUCUGCGUAAACCUGGAUGCGACGGGAAGGAGUGAGUGUGCAGGCUGUGAACACACAGACACGCACACCCAGAGGCCAUUCCCUCGCCUUAAGGAUGAUGACAGGCAGGUAGGCAGAGGGGCAGUAGUGAGGUGGGAUGUCCUCACAUGCACACUCCCCAUUCCGUGUACACGGACCUGCCCUUCCCACAGAACAUGAGGCCCUGGCUCUGAAAGGCAUCCAAAUUGUCCCCCUCCUCCCCUUCCCCACCGCGCUCUUUCACAGGUUCUGGGUUGGGAGUGCAGUUUCAGGUGCCCCCGCCGCAAGGGUAGGGGUUACUUAACUUUGGAUGCCCAAUUUCACGGGGUCUGAGGAGGAAGAGGCAGGAGAGUGGGUUGGAACGACAGAAGGGCGAGGGGGGUAUAGGGGUAACCCGACUGUAACCCGAGUGCCCUGGUGCCAUGGGAACCGCGUGUCUGACCCGCCCCCUGUGUGAAAAAUUCAGGAGCGGCUGGCGCUACGGCCUCUAACUGCUUUUGGGGACGGGAGCUGCGGCCGGCCAGGCCCCAGGUUAGGUGACAGGACAGGGUCCUGGCAGGGGACGGGGAGGGCAGAGCACAGGGCCCGGGAACGCUGUGCCAUUCCUGGAGUCUGGGUCCGAGCUUUCCCAGCCGGCAUCCUGGGUGUGAAUCCCCCAUCCUGGGGCUGGAGGGGUCUUUGUCCAGGACUGUCCAGCCCUCCGGGUCACAGGUCUGAAGACCCUCACCCUCGGGACGCGGUUUCGAAGCCCCCCUACUCCUGCCAACGCUGCCGAAUCCCCCUUCAAUCGCCUGGAGAACUCUGCUCCAACUUGAGCGAGUUGGCGGCGCCUAGCGCAGGGCUUUACCUCGGCGUGGGAGGGGUCCAGGGUCCCUCGCAGCUCCAGCGGCUGGAUGCUCCAGGCUGUACCACCCGCCUCCGCACGCAGCCCCUCAGGCCAGUUCCCCUCCCCUCGCCGCCUGGGCCCGGGGAGGAGGGGAGGAGCCGCGACCCCGCCCCAUCCAGCCCCGCCCCAUUAGGGCAGCCCCGGGGUCCCCGCCCUAAGGCCCUGGCCGCUCAGUGACUUUUCUGAAAGUGCAGAGCUCAGCUGACUCGCUUCUGCCAGGCCUAUGCACCGGGUGAGGGUGGCAGACGAGAGAGGAAGGAUGGGGGCUCUGGAUUCCUGGGUCUGGAGCUCCAUCUGCGUCCACAUCUGUCCACUCCAUCAAGGGGAUGCACCAACACAUUAGCCCCCAGAAAAACCACUUGGGGAGCUUGCUAAAUAUUCAGGUCCCACCUUCCAAGAGAGGCGGAUUCCACAGUGCUGGGAGAGGGGUUCCGGAAUCUGCGUUUUAAACAAGCGCCCCAAGUGAUCCUGAUGCCCACGGUUCAUGGACCUCACUUUAAGAAAGUCUGCUCUGGAUGAAGAAUUAAUUUUGGGAGGUGGCUUGGAGGAAGAGAGAGCUCAGAAAGUCUGCACUGAAGCAUUCUGAAAAUCUUAUUUUGGCAUCAUUCAUUCAUUCAUUCAUUCACUCACCAACUGAGGCUUAGCUGGGCCUGGGCCUGAGGCCUCUGCCAUUCUGUCUACUGUUUCUAUCACUCAUGGCUUAAAAAAAAAAAGCUCCCAGGUAUGGAGGAGGAGGAAAGAGAUCACUGGUGAUGUUGGCUAUCCAAGGGGCCAGGAUCCAGACUCUUUGACUGGGGUGCCUCCCUUUAGGUCUUGAGAAAUUGGGGUGUGUACGUGUGUGGAGCCAUGGAGGCCAGGCUGCACCUGUGGGUGGGGCUCAUUGUCAUGGCUGAGGGGACGCAGGUGUUCAGCUUGGAAUAACUCCCACAGCAGCUGAACAGACUGGCUCAGCCCCCACAGGUCUUGGAGCUGAUGCAGAACCCCCUCGUGCCUGGCUUCUUUCCGUGGCGUGGCCCUCUAAGCUUACCUUUCUAACUUGCAAGAUGGGCCGUGAGUGGUGUGGCACCCUUCAUUGUCUGGGAGUGAGGUGACUUGCCUUUUAGUUCCAUCUCUGCAGCACAAUUGCUGUGUGACCUUAGGCAAGUCAACUCCCCUCUUUGGGUUUCAGUUCCUUUAUUUAAAACUAUAAUCUGAACAGCUUACACUCUUGCUAAAAACUUUUGGUUGUCUAUAAUACAAAAGUCUGAACUUGGCAUUCAAGCCCCAUCAUAUUCUCUGCAGAAUCAUUUCAACCUCUCCUCCCAGGAAAACCCUUGCUUGGCUCAUACCCUACUCUUUUCGGCACGUUCUGUUCUUUCUGGGAUACCUUUUCCCCUACUCAUCUUUCAUGAUGCAAUUUAGAUUCCUGUGUACCAGACACUGUUCUAAGCUCUGCACUAAUAUUAUCUCAGGGGUUCUCAAACUUUGGUGGUGUGUUAGAACCACCUGGAGGGCUUGUUAAGCCACAUUUCGCCAGGACCCACCAAUACUGUCAUCUAUGACUAGUGAUCUAACGAAUGACCAGAGAGCUAACAUGUGAUCAGUGUUAGUAAAUCUGUGGUCUAACUUGUGACCAGUGGUCAACCUGUGACCCACGGGCUGCUCUGUGACCUGUGGUCUUCCUCUGCUUAGAGAGAGGUGAAUUCAGUAGGUUCGGGGUAGGCCUAAAGAACUGGCAUUUCUAACAAGUUCCAGGUGUUGCUGCUGCUUGCUGAUCUGGGAACCACACUAUAGGAGCCACUGUAUUACUUCAUUUAAUCCCCUAAACGAGAUAGGUAGCUAUUACUGUCUAUGACAUGGGUACUAUUACUCUUCCCAUUUUAGAGUAGGCCUGCAUACAUGCUGGUCACUUGGCCUUGUAAGGGAUACUAGUCAUCAUUUCAUAGACAACAGCCUGAGGCUCAGAGAGGUUAAGUGACUUGUCUGAUGUCUCUCAGCAGUUAGGGGGAGAUGUGGGGAUUGAUCUAGGUCUCUCUUAAGUCAAAGUUUUUUCCACUCUCUUAGGUGGGGAAGAUGUCUCAUUUCUGACCCUAGACAAUGCCUCAGAAAAUUCUACCCCCAGCUUCUGAGCUCAGCAGGCUCCGGAGGGUGUGGCUGACCAGUUCCCACGUAGCUGGCUGAGAUCCCAAGCAGCCUGGGGACUACAUGGCCUCAUACUCCCACUUAGGCCUGCUGCCCACAGCACUGCCUUUAUCUGCAGCUCAAUAAAGGCUGGGCUGGAAGCAGCCAGGCUCAGCAUGCUCGGGUCUCUCCUCUUGUGUUCUCUCCAGCAGCCUCCCCAGGAGCCCCAUGGCCAUGACACAGCUGCUGCUGCUCCUUGUGGCUCUCCUGGUUCUGGGUCAUGUGCCACCAGGGAGAAGUGAAUUCAAACGGUGCUGGAAGGGCCAAGGGGCCUGCCGAACUUACUGCACAAGGCAAGAAACUUACAUGCACCUGUGCCCGGAUGCGUCCCUGUGCUGUCUCUCCUAUGCAUUGAAACCUCCGCCGGUCCCCAAAAGUGAAUAUGAGUAGCUGGUUCUUGCUGUCCAAUAAAACACAGGCUGCCAGUUGUCUCUUCUUUCUGUAUGCUCGCCUGUGCUCCUCUCCCCCCAGGGGUGGGGGAUAGGUCUAGGAUGUGGGAGAAAUGGUCUGUGGAAGGAAGUGAGGGACCUGAGGAGAGUGGGCGCUAAUGACCAUUGUAAAUGGUUCCAGUCCUGGUCACUUCACUUUCUCUCUGUCCAACUCCGGAAAAGUUACUGAACCUCUGAAAGUCUCCUCAACUAUAAAAUGGGAAUAAUUAUAAUAUCAGGAGAUUAGCACUUUAUAAAAGAAAUGCAAGAAGAAAGGUAGAGUUAAUAAUAACAAGAGUUAAUAAUAUAGUUGAUAAUAACGGUGAAUAAUAGUAGAGUCAAAAUAAGCUUCUGGAAUUCAGAAUGGGAUGGCACAUUUGGCUUGAGAGGCAGGCCCCACUGAGAGUGAAAGGGUUUUCCUAUGUUCCUUGAUAGGGUAUCCUAACGACUUAGGGGUGAAGCCAAGACCAACAGACUAGAUACUUUUCUGAAAAUUAAACCGCCAUUUUCACACACAAACCGCCAUUUUCCUCCCAGUGUUCAAACAGACCCUCAUCUAAGCAUACAUCCAACUUCCUAAGUCAUUAGGAGACACCCAAAAAGCCAAAGAGACCAGCCAAUUCUAGGGUGGAAGAUUCCCCAAAAUACCUCACAGAUCAGGCCCACAAGCCCAGAGAGGGAAAGUGACUUGUUGAAGGCCGUACAGUUCCUGAGUGACAUGUCAAGGAAUGGAGCCACAACCUGGUAGGACAGGACAGUGUGAUGGGGAACUUUUGGGAGGAAGGGAGUCCCCUGACACUGGAGAUGUGCAAGGUGAGCCUGCUGGCUCUGGGAUGCUAGAGAAGGAAGUUACCUGGAUAGAUGCUCAGAAGUGCUUUUUUGAGGACAGGUUCUACUCAAGCCAAACCAAUCACUGAAUGGUUGAGAUGAUGAUAUAUAAGUAUCCUUUAGAAAGUGCCAAUUGCUUUAUUCAUAUCACCUCAGUUAUAUAUUCUUCCUUCCUUCCUUCCUUCCUUCCUUCCUUCCUUUCUUCCUUCCUUCCUUCCUUCCCUCCCUCCCUCCCUCCCUCCUUCUGUCCUUCCCUCUCUCUUUCUCUCUCUCUCUCAUUUCUUUUUUA